AUGUUGGAUUCGCUCAGCUUUGCUGCUCCAGCGGAUAAAGUAGAGCCGAUACGGAUCCGGAAAGAUUAUUCGCAGCAAACAUUCGCAAAAUUGAGAAAGGCCUCAUUCAGGUGGCCUUUCUUCCACACAGUGAUCGUAUAUUAUGGCUCGGGUACUCGGAGGGACGAUGUGUCACUUUGUGGAAAGAGAUCCGAUGACGCUUCCGAAGUUGUGGAACCAUUCGACGAACUCUUCAGACUGGAGCUCGAUGUCGAUCCCUGUGAUAUGUGUUCACUUUCUUCUGAACUUUCUUGUGUAUCGCUUUCUAAUGGAAAGAUAUUAGUGUUCAACAACAAGGAUGACGAACUCGUGAAGGUCCACGAGUUUCCUAACGUCCAUGGUAAAGGGAACUCUCGAGUUCUGUGUGAAUUUGACAGUAACACUGUGAUCAGUGGGUCGUCAAACGGAUCUCUUGCAAAAAUCGACAUUGAGUCCGGAAAUAUCACCGUUAUCUCAAAGGGGAAUUCUGGUACGCGCUCUCUUUGUACCCUGUCUGGGGGUACAUUGCUUGCUUCUGGUCACUCAGCCGGUCACGUCUUGAUAUGGGACUGUCGUGUGGCGGAGCCAACGAAACCCACACGGUGCUAUGGGGGUUCCAUCCAAGCGCGACGACUCGACGCUGUUACAACACUCGCAAACCAUCCAGCACAGGCAAGCUUGGUAAGAGAAAGCUUUCAAUGGUUAUCUCUUUGUAUCGCAUGUUCUGCAGAAUAA